GAGGGCUCCUGGCCCCUGGCCUGGUCCCACCGGUGGCGGCUGCUGGCGGUGCUGCGCGGCGGGCGCGCGCCCUCCGCUGAGGACUGCGCCCUGCUCGCCGUCGCCCGGGCGCGAGCCGACGCGGUGCCUGCGCGCGUCGUGAUGGCGCUGCCCCUGCCGCCCGUGCGGGGCUGCCUGGGGCUGCUCGUGGGCGAAAGCGGCACGGACGCCCCGCCGCUGGUGUGGGCCGAGGUCUUCGACCAGGUGGCCGGCAGGUGGGCCCCCGUCCUGGGCCCGCCGGCGGCGCCGCGCGGGCGGGACUGGGUGCUGGCCGCGGGCGAGGGCGGGGGGCUGCACGACGUGACGCGCAGGUACGCCGCGCGCUGGACCGCCACGCUGGCCGCGCGCGGCUCGCUGGGGCGCCGCUUCGAGGCGCUGGUGGCCGCCCUGGCCGAGCCGGGCGCGGCGGGAGAGCUGGACAGCCAGGCCGUGAGGCUGGCGCGGGCCGACCUCCUCGACGAGGAGUCGCUGGCGAGGCGGGCGCAGCGCGAGCCGGUGCCGACGUCUCGCGCGGGCUUCAAGCGCCACUGCGGGUACGUGCUCGAGUCGCAGCUGCGCCAGAACGAGGUGGUCCACCCGGCCGGGGCCCGUCCGGCGGGGCUCUUCCGCGGGCAGGAGAGGAUCUGGCGCCGGGCCGACGUGCAGGAGUUGCGCUCCCCAGCGCAGUGGCGGCGGCAGGGCCGCUGCGUGCGUCAGGGCGAGCGGGCCGUCAAGACGCUCCGGGGCGGCAGCGCUUUCCAGAUGCCGCUGUACGGCGCGUGGCAGACAGAGCCCGCGCCGGAGGCCCCCUCGGCGCCGGCCGCGCAGGACCAGCUCGGCCCCAUCCCCGGCGUCAACAACUACGGCAACCUGGAGCUGAUCGGGCCUGGGGCCGCGCAGGCCCUGCCGCCCGGCGUGGUGCACGUGCCGGACGACGGGCCCGUCGUCAGGUCGGUCGCGGCCCGCCUGGGCGUGGAGUUCGCCCCCGCGGUGGUGGGCUUCGCGCACGAGCGGGGGGGCGCGGUGAAGCCGCGGUUCGGCGGCGUGGUGGUCUGGCAGCGCGACGCGCCCGCGGUGGCGGAGGCCGCGGCGGCGGAGAGGGAUCGCCUGGAGGCGGCGAAGGAGCAGAAGACGGCCGAGCGGCUGGAGUCGGCGUGGCGGCUCCUGGUGAAGAACGUCCUGGUGGACCUCUACGUGGAGGGGAGGUACGCCUCGGCAGGGUGAGCCGCUGGCGCCCCGCCGCGGCGCCAGCCGUCGGCCAGCUGUCCUCGGCGUGCUACGCCGCGGCAGCGAGCGCCUGGGAGGCCCCAAAACAUGGGUCGUGGGAGUCGCCAUCUCGCUGGCCAUCGACCUCAC